CCUUCUCCCCCGAUUUUCUUCCGCCCCCCGACGUUCGCCGGCCGUCUCCGGCACCGCCCUCCACUGGCGCGGCUCUGCUCCGGCAUCCUCCGUCGAAUUCCCAGCUUUGCUAUGCCCUUCCGGCCCCACCCGAGGCUCCGGCGGCAAUCCUAGGUCCCUUGGGUCCCCGUCCCGGCGACGCGUCUCUGCCUCUUCGUGACAAGCCAACAAGGAAGGGAGCAAACCAGGAAAGCAGAUCGGCGACGGCGAGCGCAGUUGCUGGAAAAUCAUCGACAACCACUAUUGAUUACGCCGCCGCCGCUAGUAUGGGAGCGUCGCAGCCCAACAAAGAAGAUGAGGGGAAGACUAUGACUGUGGACAAGGAGAUGAAGAAGAUUUUCCGGGUGCCGCAGGACAGGCUGGAUUAUUACCUUUCCUUCAAAGCGAGCCCUGUUGGGCAGAGUCAGGCUCUACGGGAUCCUUCGGCCGCCGCCGAGUUGGACAAAAUCAUUGUACAAAUCCAGGCCGAGCAGGAGAAGAUGAGACGAGAGUACGAGGCCAAGGGCUACGCCACAUUUGAAGCAGAUGUCGCCGGCGACGAGGAAGAGGAAGAUGCAGCAGCAGGCGCAAUAGCUCCUUGUAUUAUUCAGCAAGGAGAGGAGAAAGAGGAAGAUACAACAUCUCCUUGUAUUACUCCGCAAGGAGACCAGGAUCUAGCAGCUCCUUGGUUUAUUCCACAUAGGGGCCGAAGAAGGUUUCGCCCAGGGGUCGUCAAGCAAGCAGGAGGCGUUAAGAAAGUAAUAAUUUAGAUUAAACUUUUCAAGCAAGCAGCUUGCUGCUUGGGAGCAGUAUUCAUUGCUCAACUGUAUUGUAAUGUUCGUACUAUUUCAUAAAAGGCAGCGUAUCAGGUGCAAACUCAAUUUCGAUGCUAGUCUGAAAACUUCAUUGGGUGUCGGA